UAGAAACAGAGCAAAAUAUUAAGACAGUAAACCAAAGCAGCAACUCCAAUUACCCAACAACCAAAGAAUGUCUCACCUUUGUUUGUUAUUUCUUUCUCCUUUUCAUUAGUUUAAUCAGAAAAAAGCACAAACCUUUGUCUACCUGUGGACAGCAAAACAUUCUUCUUCUCUCUCUCCCCUUCAUUACUCAGCAAAUCAAGACUAGGGUUCAUAAUCUCCUUGUUUUAAUCUUAAAGAAGAAGGGUAAUUGGGACAUUACAUCAAUCUGCUUGGGUUUAAAGUCUGGAAAUCAGAUAUGGGACUUUGCUUGGCUAAGCGCAACCAUGAUGCGGAUGAUGAUGAGCCGCAUAUCGAGCUCACUGGUGGUAAUGUGCACCUCAUUACCACAAAAGAGGGAUGGGAUCAGAAGCUGUCAGAAGCAAGCAGGGAUGGCAAAAUUGUGCUCGCAAAUUUCAGUGCAAGAUGGUGUGGUCCUUGUAAACAGAUUGCACCAUACUACAUUGAGCUAUCGGAAAACUACCCUUCUCUAAUGUUCUUGUUGAUUGAUGUUGAUGAACUAUCUGACUUCAGUGCUUCAUGGGAGAUCAAAGCUACUCCUACUUUCUUCUUCCUUCGAGAUGGGCAGCAGCUGGACAAGCUUGUGGGAGCCAACAAGCCAGAGUUACAGAAGAAGAUAACUGCUAUUUUAGACUCAUUGCCCCCUAGUGCCAAAUGAUUGCUUUGAUGGUUCCUGGUGUCUGAGAUUGAACAUUAUCCUGUCGAUGUUUUUGAGUAUUGAAGCCCUUCAAUUGUGUGGUUCUGCCUGUGCAUUUUGUUCUGUCAUGUAGAUAUGACCAAUUUGAUGCAAGCAUUUUGUUGUUGAUAUUUCGGCAGGAUGAGAAAUUCCACAAAUGAAUACUGUUAGAGUUUGAUGUUUUCAGCUUUGGUUUUUUGUUUUUUGUUUUAGAAGGCCUUGUUGGGGGAAUAAGGCUGUGAAACAUUUUGGAAGAUCUCUGUGUAUUAUUGUUUUUAAUUAAUAAAAGUUACCUUGCGUGAAUAGCAAUUUGAGGUA